AUGGUUGUAAAUGCAUUAGCCAAUAUAGCCUUAAUUAUGCGAGUAGUUCGACAAAAGCGUCGUUUUCAACAGGCAUUGACAUGGCGACAACAUCGACGUAUGACAGUGCAAUUGCUCGCGAUUUCGAACCUUUAUAUCAUCGCUUGGGGACCAAGUCUCAUUGUAGGACUUGUACAAAUACUUGGCUAUCCAACAUUUCUUGCCCAAAUUCAAACAGAUUUCUUUCUCGACCUCAUCUAUGUUGUAUGUCUUUUUCUUCCAUGGGUAUAUCUAAGUUUGCUUCCAAAAUUAAUCAAAUGGAUCAAAGAAUUGUUUCGUUAUGGACAAAGACGUAAUUUAGUUGCAUCAACACAAUCUAUUCAAUCGGAAACAAGAUUAUGA